GUUGGUUUUGUUUUUAGUUUCGCCUGAAUGUUUCUGACAUCCUGGAACCGAAGCAUGAUGAUCAUUUUUUGUUGAGAUGGCUUAGAGCAAGGUGUUUUGACUUAAAGAAAUCUGAAGCUAUGCUUCGAAAUCAUUUGGCCUGGAGGAAAAAAGUUGGUGCUGAUACCAUAUUAGAAGAUUGUGUGCUGCCAGAAGUGAUCACGACCUACUAUGCUGGUGGUUGGUGUGGCUUUGAUAAAGAGGGAGACCCUGUAUGGGUAGACCCAGUGGGAAGAUUAGAUCUAAAAGGUAUAGCUCAUUCUGCAAAGAAAGAGGAUAUCAUUAAGUCUAAAAUCAUGUGUGUUGAACGUGGAUACAGAAUGAUGGCAGACCAAAGCAAGAAGUUGGGAAAAAGAGUAAGCCAGCUGUGUAUUAUAUUUGACAUGGAAGGUUUUGGAAUGAAACAUUUAUGGAAGCCAGGUGUAGACAUAUUUUGUGAAAUUUUAGAGAUGUUUGAGAGUAAUUAUCCAGAAACUCUAAAAAGAUGUUAUGUCAUAAAUGCUCCAAAAAUAUUCCCUUUAGCUUACCAUAUUGUGAAACCCAUUCUCAGUGAAGACACCAAAAACAAGAUCAAAGUACUCGGAAGUAAUUGGAAAGAAAGGGUACUUCGGGAUAUAGACCCAAAAGAAAUACCAUUAUACUGGGGAGGAACACGCACAGAUCCUGAUGGAAAUCCAUUUUGUAAAUCCAAGGUUUGUAUUGGAGGUGAAGUGCCAAAAUCUUACUAUCUCAGAGAGAAGGACCAGCUCUCCUCAGAAUACCUUGUAAAGUCUGUUAUAAAGAAAGGAUCAAUGCUCCCUGUAGAGCUGGAGGUCAAUGAACCAGGGUGUGCAAUAAGGUGGGAGUUUCACACAGAAAACCAUGACAUAGGUUACGCCAUCUACUACAAGACAAGCCCUGGGGAGCAGAAUGUGUCGGACAUGGAGGUUGUGGUUGGUAAUAAGAGGGUCAACAGUCACUUAGUGCCCGAAGAUGGAACUGUUUAUUGCUCAAAGGCAGGAAUAUAUGUGUUUUGCUUUGACAACAGUUAUAGUUGGACCAGAAGUAAGACUGUUCUGUAUGUGAUAGAAGUGAUACAUCCGGAGACACCUAGUGCAAUGUGUAAUGGGUAUACACAGGAGGAUGGAAAUGAAUAAAAAAUUCUGCUUAGAUACAUUAAGAUAUAUUUCAGUACUCUCUGAUCAUAGGAGUUGCUUUUGUUUUAUCAGUUUCAAAAUUGUAGAAAAGGCUCCUGUGAGGUUUGAGAUGAUCAAUCUGUCUACUUUUAUGUACCAGUAACUACCCCUUCCCUACCACCUAUAAAAACGCAAAGUAGUAAAGGAGAUAAUUGUGUAAUCACACAGCUGUACAUUUGGAAUAUGUCUGACUCCUUGCUUGACCUUAUCUAUACAGCUAUUAAUAUAUUGCCUCAACACCUAGGUGUGAAAUCUUCCUCUCAGAGAAAUACAGAGGGUAUAUCUGGUGAGGAACAUGUUUCACCUGACCAUCUCAAAUCUCACAGAGGUCUUCUCUUCAAUUUUGUAACCAACUAGGUUACAGCAGCCCAUGUGGUCAGGGCCAGCAAUUUGUAGACAAUCAUAUUAGUAAGAAAUGCUGGCAUCAGUAAAAUAGCCCAUUAUCUACAGCAUAAUAUCAAAUAGAUCUGUUGUGUUACGAUAUAUGAAUGAUCAAGAAAAUCCAUUUUGUUAUUUUGAAUUAUGCCUCUCAAACUUCAUAACUACUGUGUUUGAGUGGGAAAAUGUUUCUUUGGGAGCACAUGUAUUAAUUGUGGGGAGCCAUAUGAAAUACCUCUAGAUGAAGUCACAAAUGGUGUCACAAAACAACCAAUCAGCAGUGACUAUAUCCUUUUCAACAUUUACCAUACAUCUGAAAUCCAUGUCAUCCCAUUCAUGUGGGCAUCUGUAGAAUCAAGAAAACACUAUAGGCACUUGGUUUGAUCAUUGUAUUAAUAAAUGUUCCAUCACUUAGAAGAGCCCAUACCUAUCUUACCGUGUGUCUCACUAUAGUGUGAGUACACUUAUCAGUAAGAAACCUUUUGUUGGGUGUGAACCAUGAUAUACAUGUAUAAGAUUUAUUUUAUGCAUUUUGACGUAUUAAAAAUGAUGCAUACUUGAGCACAUUUGAAGGUAACACGUCUUUACCCCUGCAUAUUACUAGGUAGUCAGGCUUCGUAUAUUUAAGAUACAUAUAAAGCAUUGGGUUGCAUUUUCCAUUUUAACAUUUUAAUGUGAAAUAAUUGUGGUAUUAGUCUUUUUUUUCUUUCUUUUAUCAUAUUGAAGAUCUUUUGCAAAUUGCAACUGAAAUAGAUGUACCAAUAGCAGUAUUACUGCCAAGAGAACACAAUAACAUGAAUGAUGAUAAUUGAUUUUUUUGCUCUUUGUGACAUUUAGUGGAAGUAUAACAAUUGAUUUUUGCUUGUCUCUAUAUUAAAAUGUUGUCAGUAGAACUAUGACUGAUUGGUUACAGGUAGAACAUCUGCUUUAUGACUCAAAAUGUUUAUUUGCAAUGAGGUGCAACUUCACAUAUUGGUUUUGUCUUACAACGACAGGAUUACUACAAUCCCCAUUGUUUGAGUAAUACUCCUGUUGCCAAUACUUUGAAAUGGUCACCUGAUAUUUUAAGACAUUUUUGUUGCUAUGGUAAGCUACACCUGGCCAGUAUUUUUCUGGUUGUGGUGAAAUGCAAUCAGCAGUGCUGAUGCUAUUUUUGUUGUUGUUGUUGUUACAUAUACUAUGGUUACAAAAUCUGUAUAAGAACUGAUAAACAAUAUUUUACACAGAUAGAACUGUUGUGUUUCCUGUUUCUGGUAGGUGGUCGUUAUGUAAACAUUCACUUGAGCCAGCAUGAACUGGUCUUGAAACAGUCAAACCCUUAUAUACAUAUUUGUUGCAAAAUUGAUAUAGUAAUUAGACUACAAUUUGUUGCAGUCUGCUUAAUGUAAUGUCAUUUACAGCCAAUAUACAUCCAAACUCACUCUAGACAUUUUCUGAAAUGUAGUUAUCAGCUGCCAAAAAUGUUUGGUCUCAUGAUUAAGUUUUAACCCUAUGUUUUGUCUGAAUGCAAUAGCUAAUUGAGCAAUCAAACCCUUCAAUUCAUUUUCAGUGAUUCCUAUACCAGCAAUGGUACAAAAAUAGUCUUCAUUGAAAGAGCUACCUGAUACAUCUGUGAUAAUAAAAGCAAUGAGAAUUGGAAAUGUGAGCGUGCAUGUGUGAAUGAGUCUUUAUGAGUACAUAUGUAUAUGCAUGUUUUUAAAUGAAAGCUAAAGAAUUGCAUUUGCCAAAGAAGUACUCUUUUAGCUUUCGAUGUCCCCAUGUGUUAAAUCUAGUUGUUUUUUUUUUUUGUUUU